CGCCGAUUUAGUAUUUACGUGCGAUCUCGGAGCGUGCCGUCGUGCCGAACCGUCGGUGAAGCGAUACGCAUCGUCUUAGUCCAACCGUCCGCGUUAUAUUUUCGACGGACGGACAGCCGUUUUCACGUUAACAACGAUUUUUUUCAAAUUCUCUUUCGUUUCGCCUCCUGCCGACACUCAAUUGCGCUCCAGCGCCGCCGAGACUAUAUCGUUACAAUUCGAACUAUAUUAUAUAAUCGAUUUUUUUUUUGUUCAACGGUUUUUUUCCUCUUUCAUUUACAAUGACUGAACGCAAAAUGAAGAUGAAGAAUUUCGACAACUCGCUCCGCAUUUACAACCGACAGGUGUUAUUAAGAACGAAAAUGCACACGUAUACUAAAAAGUAUAUUGAUAACUUGUUUAACAAUGCUGUUUUUAACAAAUGUGAAGUUUCGGUAUUAAAAUUAACUGCAGAAGACAUAGAAAAUUAUAAAUUGAGCUUAAUUAAAAAUAAGGAUCCACCCAAAGAAGAUGAUAAUGUAUUAAAACAAGAUAAGAUAUGUAAAACCAAUAUAACAUCUAAAGUUGAUAAAAAGUCAAAAGUCACUAAAACAUCUAAAAACAGUAAUACAUCUAUAGAUAGCGAGCCUGCUAAAAAAAAACAGAAGUUAGAUACAAAUGGAAUAGAUGUUUUAAAAUUGGUAUUAUCUAGAGAGGGUGAAACUCAUAAAUUUAAAUCACAAUUCAAGUCUGCAUUAAAAUCCAAUAAGGAAAUUGCUUCUACCAAUGCUGAGGAGGUACCUAUGGUGAUUGAUUGUAAUGAAUUUACUGAAUCUUCAAAUUCCUCAGCUAAAAAUCUAAAUCCAAGGAUCUGGGUCAUUGAUCCCAGGGAAAUGAUGGAUGAAAAUAACUACAUUAAGUGGAUGAACAUGAUUCUUCCUGAUAAUAAAUCCAAACAUUCAACAAAUGGCCAAAAUAAGUUAGUAGCUGCUAAACCCUCUACAAGUGGACCUAAACCAUCUUCAAAUGGUACCAAAGUAAAUGGAAUUAAACACACUUUAAAUGGCAAAAAUCAUGAAAAAGGUGCUUUAACUGAAAUUGAAAAUGUAUAUAAACAGUAUUUUAGCAAAUCCGUACAAGAUACUAUUGUGAUUAUUGCAAAUAUACUCAACAUAAUUUCAAUGUCUAACAAACAUCACAAAGCACGAAUGGAUGAAUGUUUUAAGAAAAAAUCUGAAGCUGAAAAACUUAAAGAAAGAUGCGAUGCUAACCGAUUACACGGUAGACAUAAAAAAAUUUUAGAAACCAAGUUGAAGAACAAUUUUAUAAACGUCGUAUCAACUUUUAAAGAACCGGAAUUUGAUUCAGCAUUUCAAAUGUUUUUUCUAAGUAUAUUAACUGUACUUCGAGUUUUGGAACAGCCAAAAUUCAGAAAAGGUAGCAUCUUCAAAAAUUUGGUGCUUUUAUUAUGGAAUAGUUUGAAAAACAGUGAAUAUAACCAUCCCAAAAUUUAUAAUAUGUUCCGGUCAAAGACAUUUCGACCUGACUGCAUUGAUUUAAUAAGUCUAAUUGAAGAUAGUCGGGAUACUGAUCCAGAAGUCACCGAUCGCAUGUCAUUGUUUUUUGUAUCAACAGUAAACAGCCGGGAAUAUUUUCAAGCAGUUAUUAAGGCUGUCACUAGUGAUUCGAACGAAGACCUUGCACUAUUAAUCGAUGAUGCUACUUUUCAAUGUUGCAUUAAUUCAAAGUUUAAAGAUCCUGUAGAUUCAUCAAUUGUACAACAUUCCAAUUCCAAAAUACCAGUAACACAAACUAUUCAAAGCUCUUCAAAGUUAAAAGAUCCUGUAGAUUCAUCAACUGUACAACAUUCCAAUUACAAAAUACCAGUAACACAAACUAUUCAAAGCUCUGUCAACUCUGAAAAAAUUCAACACUGGUUCCUAACCAAAAAUCCAGAUGGAACCUACCAACAAAUACCUGUGCUGAAUUGUAGUAAUUCCCAAACAAUUGAUAACAACGGAAUAGAACCGUCAAUUGUAACGAGCCAACCAAUAAAUAACUUCUAUACAACUUCUUCUAUACACUCUUCACUACAAAAGAAAGCUUCUGAAUUGACUACUUCUAAAGUGAUACCAACAAAAAAAUGUAUUGUUGUUACGCCAACUAUUUCCAAUGGUCCUUUGGUGCAAGUAACAGCGUCGUCAACAGAAACAGCAACAUCCACAGCAACAACAUCAAAAAUUUUAACAUUCAAACCAUCAAUUCAAAAUAAAACUGUGAUGAACAGUUCUUCACCUCUUCAUAGAGUUGAAGGCAGCACUAUUGUAUUUGGUAAUAAACAGUAUCAAUUGGUUAAAGGGCCAUCUGGUCACAUGAGAGCUGUAGUCAAUGGUACUAAUUUAUUGCUUAAAUCACAGCCAACCACUAUUGUCAAAUGCUACGCGAGAGAUUGUAACCACUCUGCAACAAUAAUGUGCAGUAGCUGCACAACGGUGAAAUACUGUUCCCAUAACUGUCAACGACUUGACUGGUAUGCCAGACAUAUAAAUGACUGUGAUCGACUGUUAAGCAAAAAGCAGACUCGACCCUAAACAUUCCAUUACAUAUGUUUAUAUAAUUUCAAUGUUGUAUAUUUAUAUUAAAAAGUUUUUCAUGAAUUUAUUUUUAUUUAAAAAAAAAUUGGAUUACCUAUGCUUUUAUAUAUAUUGAUAUUUCUUAAGUUUGUAUAAUUAAUAUUACGGUUGAUUACUAUUAUGUUUAAUCUAAUAUUACUUCAUAGUUUUUAGGGUUUUAUGUUCUUUUUUUUUAUCUACAACAGUUAUUGUUUGUUUUUUUCCAGAGAGAGGAUAAAACUAAAAUAAAUAAUAAAUUUUUGGUAUUUAUAAAUUA